AUGACCUUUGCGACGACGGAGCUGAUCCUACUGAAAGCAAACGAGGGUAAAACCCCAAGGCGGAGAGCAUAUUCCGAUCUCGAAACCCUAACGGAGAAGUUUUUUGAGACUUCUCUCAGCGUCGUCAUUGAAAGAAGAGGGAUCUGGAGUCUAAGUUCCAGUUGGGGGCGAAGAGGAAUCAAUGGAAACCCUAGGCAUCUCAAGCUUAUUGACCCCGCCUGCGUGUCAUUUUCUGUCUCGACCCUACGGCGGCGGCGCCGUCCGCGGAAGCAGGUCAGUUCCCCCCGCCUACAUUAUUUCCCUUCUUUGCGCUCCUCUAGACGAACUCUCUCUUCUCCUCCCUCUGCUCUAUUAGCUAGCAAAGAAGAGGCAGCAAGGUUUGAAGAAGCUUCGAGGAAUGGCGGCAACUUGGUGCCGCUCUAUCGAUGCAUUUUCUGUGAUCACUUGACACCCGUGCUCGCCUACCGUUGUCUAGUAAGAGAGGACGAGAGGGAGGCGCCUAGUUUUUUGUUCGAGUCGGUGGAGCAAGGCUCUCAAGGAACCAACGUGGGUCGCUAUAGUGUUGUGGGAGCUCAACCAGCCAUGGAGAUUGUUGCGAAGGAGAAUAUGGUGUCUAUAAUGGAUCAUGAAGAAGGUCUAAAGACCGAAAAAUUUGUAGAGGACCCCAUGGAAGUUCCUCGGACAAUCAUGGAGGGUUGGAAUCCAACUCUUAUUGAUGAGCUCCCUGAUGCCUUUUGUGGUGGAUGGGUAGGAUAUUUUUCCUAUGAUACAGUGCGAUAUGUAGAACAGAAGAAACUUCCUUUCUCUUGUUCUCCAAAGGAUGAUAGGAAUCUUCCUGAUGUUCACCUAGGUCUCUACAAUGAUGUAAUUGUUUUUGAUCAUGUUGAUAAGAAAGCAUUUGUGAUUCAUUGGGUUCACAUUAAUCGACAUUCAUCAAUAGAGGAUGCUUAUCAAAUUGGGAGGAAUCGGUUGGAAAAUUUGCUUUCUCGGGUGCACAAUACAGUUGUACCAAGGCUGUCCGCCGGUUCUGUGAAAUCAAGUCCCUACCAAUUUGGUACUUCCUUAAAUAUGUCAUCUAUGACAAGUGAAGCAUACAAGGAGGCUGUUGUGAGGGCAAAAGAGCACAUUCUUGCAGGUGAUAUUUUCCAGAUAGUCUUAAGCCAGCGAUUUCAAAGACAUACUUUUGCAGAUCCAUUUGAAGUGUAUCGAGCAUUAAGGAUCGUGAAUCCAAGUCCCUAUAUGACUUAUUUGCAAGCUAGGGGCUCCGUGCUAGUAGCAUCAAGCCCUGAAAUUCUUACUCGUGUGAAGAAGAAGAAGAUUGUGAAUAGACCUCUUGCUGGGACCAUCAGAAGGGGAAAGACAGAGGAUGAAGAUAAGAUGCUUGAACAGCUACUACUAAGUGAUGAGAAGCAAUGCGCCGAACAUAUUAUGCUUGUAGAUUUGGGCCGUAAUGAUGUGGGAAAGGUCUCAAAGUCAGGUACUGUAAAGGUGGAGAAGCUAAUGAAUGUGGAAAGAUACUCCCAUGUGAUGCAUAUUAGCUCCACGGUUACUGGAGAGCUGUUUGAUAAUUUAACCUGCUGGGAUGCUUUGCGUGCUGCGUUACCUGUUGGAACAGUCAGUGGAGCUCCUAAGGUAAAAGCCAUGGAGUUGAUUGAUAAGCUGGAGGUCACAAGAAGAGGGCCAUACAGUGGAGGAUUUGGAGGAAUAUCCUUCAACGGCGACAUGGACAUUGCGCUUGCUCUCAGAACCAUUGUGUUUCCGACCGGAUCCCGUCACAACACAAUGUACUCCUACAAAAACCUUGAUCGACGGCAAGAAUGGAUAGCACACAUUCAGGCGGGCGCCGGCAUUGUUGCGGAUAGUGAUCCGGAUGAUGAACAUCGCGAGUGCGAGAAUAAAGCGGCAGCUCUUGCUCGCGCCAUUGAUAUAGCCGAGCUCACUUUUGUGGACAGAGAAGGUUAGUUUUGUUUCAUAUUUAUCAAAUUACUUCUGGAAAUUCUUUGCCAUAUUGGUAUAAUAAUAUGCUCUGAGGCGAAGGAGUUGUUUCUUCUGGACAA